CUUCCGCCGGAAGUGCCGGCCUGAGCCGCAACAGAAGCAGCAGCAGCUAGGACCGUGGGAUUCGGCCUUGUAUCAUUCAUUCCAAGGAGGAGCAGCAGGAGGAGCCACUUCCGGUCCCAACCGGAUGUGAAAAGUGUGUAAGGCGUGAGAGGGAACGCUUCCGCCGGAAGUGCCGGCUUCAGGCGCAACAGAAGCAGCAGCGAGAGCCGUUUGUCUUCUGCCUUGUUCCCGGCGGAAAGAGAGAGCGAGAGCGAGAGCGGGCUGCGUUCGGCUUCGACGUGGGAGGCGCUGCUGAGGUGGCGCCGGUGGAAGAAGCCGCGAAGGCGAGGGCGAGGAGAGGCAGGAGGGCGCGGGGGGGAUCCCGGCGGCCGCGGGGGCGCCUCCGCCUCUCCUCCUCCCCGUCCUCCUCCUCCUUGGCUGCUGCUGCGGGCCCUUCCCGGGCCCUGCCCCCUUGCCACCGCCGCCCAGCAUGGCCUCCUCGUCCGGGAACGACGACGACCUGACCAUCCCGCGUGCGGCCAUCAACAAGAUGAUCAAGGAGACGCUGCCCAACGUGCGCGUGGCCAACGACGCCCGGGAGCUGGUGGUCAACUGCUGCACCGAGUUCAUCCACCUGGUCUCCUCCGAGGCCAACGAGAUCUGCAACAAGUCCGAGAAGAAGACCAUCUCCCCCGAACACGUCAUUCAAGCACUAGAAAGUUUGGGGUUUGGCUCAUAUAUCAGUGAAGUAAAAGAAGUCUUACAAGAAUGCAAAACAGUAGCACUGAAAAGAAGAAAAGCUAAUUCUCGUUUGGAAAAUCUUGGCAUUCCUGAGGAAGAACUGCUGAGGCAGCAACAACUGUUAUUUGCACAAGCUAAACAGCAGCAGGCAGAGUUGGCCCACCAGGAAUGGCUACAAGUGCAGCAAGCAGCCCAGCAAGCACAGCUCGCUGCUGCCUCAGCCAGUGCGUCCAACCAGGCAGGAUCUUCUCAGGAUGAAGAUGAUGAAGAUGACAUCUGAAAUCUCACCAACUGAUUUCUGAUCCCUGCAAGGAAAUAGUUGUCCUGCACAACCAAACCAGUGAAAUGAAUGCUUGCCUGUAACAUUGUCUGCAUCUUGGACCGGCUGUUGGUAUUUUAGGGAUAUCUGCUGUUGUGUGCUGUACAUGUAAAAACUGUCUCUUUGAACUCUUGAAGAUUUAAGGUUCAGUAUCAUAUCAACUUUGGAUUUUUAAUGGUGUUUAUGGAAAUUUUAGAUAGGCGUGUGUCAAUUAUUUGAUCAGCAAACAGUGUUACAGUAAAGUUUAUAAAAUACUGCUGAAUUUAUAUGGAGGCUCUAAAUUCACAUUUGCAUUUCUCUUCCCUUUUAACCAUAGAAUCCUAUGUAAAAAGUUUUAAUUUUUUUGUUUUUGUUUUUGAAUGGGACAAGUGUUUAACCUUCUCCAAGUGGAAAAAACAAGGGGUUCAAGAUCAUUUGGUCUGAAUUCUUUGUCUUUUAAAAUUAGGAGAGAGACGAAUGGCAAUAAAUACUAUUUGCUCAAAUACCAUCAGUCUGAGAAAUUAUACAUUUUUGCCAAACUAGGAAAAUGUAUGUUUAAUAGGAAUUGUACAGAUUUAAGGGUGGUUUUUUGUUUGUUUUUGUUUUGUUUUGUAUAGGGAUAAAACAAUAAAAUAAAACCCAAGGCUUUAUUAUGGUAUCAAUUUAGAGUCCUGUUCAAAAUGAAUGUUUCAUUUCAUAUGUUACCCGCCUUAGAGAAUGCAAACUAUUCUUGUUUCACAGCAGUUCCAUUUUAAUUCUACAUGGAAAUUACAUGCAUUGUCUAAGCAUGCUCAUAGUUAUAGUGUUCAAAUGGAAAGGUGGGGUUUGGUGGGAGAGAUUAAUUUUAAUUCCGUUUUGACUUGAAAAGUUUGAAUUAUCAGGCCUAUGAGACCAAACAUUGGAACUAAUGAGCAUGAUUACAGUGAGAGGAAAUGUUAUAUCCAGUUACUUCUGGUCAGCACGAUGCUAAUAGUUUUCAGAGUAGUGUACCAGUAGAUAAGCUUUGUCUUGUAAAACUGGCUGUUUCUACAUUCAGGUAGGGCAAUUGAUGUAAUUCCAGUUGACUGAGCCCUAGACUAAACAACAGGACCUGAAUGAAGAACAAUUAUUUUGUGGUGUGAUGGAAGUGGAUUUCCCCCCCAUAGCUGUGCUAUUUGUGUUGAAAUCAAUAACAUUUUGAAUAUGAAAAUAUACUUGAAGAUUCAUCAGCAUAUUUUCUGGUACUUUUGCGGGAGGAAAGGAGAUGGAAUCUCAUACCUGGCAUAUUAAUACAUUAGGAAGCAUUAUCAGACUCCAUUGAUUUUAAAUGGCCAAGCAUGGUCUUGGUCAUUAUUGAAAAUUGUACAAAAACUGAGAUUUGUGAAAAUUUUGCCUGGAGCAAAGAACCCAACUGGGAGUCAAAUUAAGAUCUUGAAUUCCAGUUGAUUUUCAUUAAUGGGAGUCCACCUGAAAUAGCCUAUAUCCUAAUCUAUACACUGAUGUCUGAGAGAUUUGUUCGUUUGAAUAUUGAGCUGAAACCCUUUGGUGGGUUCAGAAGGAAAAGUAUUGGGACAAGAUCUGAUUAAAGAUCUAGUCAUUAUGAAGGUUGAAGUACCAAAGGUAGAAACACUAGCCUAGUGAAACCGUGUUAGCAGUGUUGGCUUUUCUAAUUCGUACUGUAACACCCUUAUUCUUCCUGUUUUAAAUGAUUUUUUUUCCUUUUAAAGCAAGCAGAAAAUACACACUUUCACACUUUAUUUCUUCUGAUGCAGAGUUCAGGUUAAUAUUUUACUGCAUCUGGUAUGUAUCAUAAUUUGUUUGAAUCCCUGUGAUUUUUUGGACAUCCUUGUGCUUUUUCAUAUGCUGUAUUCCUUGAGCAAUAAAAUUCAAAUGUGUUUUUAUAUUUAA